UCACCCCGCUCCCCCACACGCUCCUGGUCCCCACAGCCCGUCCGAAGUGCGCGCUGGGAGCUGCAGGGAAUUUUACGCCCGAGCAUCCCGCGGGAACCUGGAGCUGCUGCCCCGGGGCUCAGCCCGGAGGAUGCGGCUGCUCCGCGGGGCCCUGACCUGCCUGGGGGUGCGGGGCAGCCGCCUGGAGCCGCGGCAGCUCGGCAGCCUCGGGGCGCUGGUGUGCGACAUGGAGCCGGCCACCAUCCCGGCCUCGGGGCCCGCCGUCCUGGACAGCCUGAAACUGUGCCCGGUGCUGACAGGGGAGCAGCAGGAUGCCCUCAACGCCCUGCUGCUCACGGGGAACACCGAGUACGGGGAUCCCUCCAGCUGGGAUUUACGGACUCUGCAAGAUUUGGGGCCKCUCGCGCUGGCGUUGAACCAGAGCACGCUGAGAUUGGUGGGCGAGGCGGUGCGGGAGGAUUUCAGGAGGAGCAUCGCGGCCGCCUACAGGAGCCAGGGACAUUCCCAGAGGGAGAAAUCCCUGAUCCUGCUCAGAGCCUUCKCAGCAGCAUCAUCUUCCUCCCGUCCCAGGAUGAAGCGGAGCGCGGACCGCUGUCUGUCCGAGCCCAUCACCGCCAGCUCCAUCGCUAACGACAUCCUAAUYCUUGACUACACCCCUGAGCAGCUCGACCUGUGCCUGAGCAAUGAUGUCUUAAUAGAAAACCUGGAGGSUCUGCUGGAGCAGUCAUUCACCUCYGARUAUUUGCASAUCCUGAAAAAAAAGGUGGACGAGAUUUUCCCGGAGGGGAUCCCGGAGGAGCAGCUGACGCGCCUGGGGUCGCUGUGCCGCCUGUACUCGGAGCAGGAGAUCAGCCGGUGGCCGGUGACAUCCAGCGACACCCUCCUGGCCCUGCUCAACCCCUCGGGAGAAAAGUGUGAGGAUUCCCAGGUGCCGCAGCUGCUCAGCAGGUUCCUGAGCCUGGGGGGCUCCCUGACCGGACCCCUGCUCCGGGAAAUCGGAGGGAAGCGCCUGUGCAACCUGCAGGAGGAGCAGCUCCAGCAGAUCCCUGCCGAGGCCAUCGGGGCUGCUGGUCAGUUGGACAUCUCCUCGUGCUCCCAGCCCCAGAAGGAGCAGUUCUACAGGAAAGCCCGGGAGGCCUUUGCCAGCCUGGCCGGCACCCCCGGCCCCUAUUACUGCCGGCUCCGGCCAUACYUGGGUGGAGCUCCAGCAGAGGAUCUGAAGAAGCUGGCUAACUCAGGAGUGGCCAUAGACAUGGACCUGGACACUUUCCUGRCCCUAAAUCCCGAGGAACUGCUGAAACUCAGCGUCUGCGACGUGAAAAAUCUGCUCGGGGACAAUGUGGAGGGGCUGAAGGGAGCAGAGUGGGAACCGGCUGUCAGGGCCUGGGUGGAGACACAGUUCCAGUGGGAGCUGGACUGUGUGCUGGACAUCGGCCUGCAGGGGGGACUGCCGGAGCCCCCGGGAACAGCCAUCCCUCUGACCUGCAUCACCUGCAUGGCUGCUGUCACCUCCACAGCCACGGCCACCACCCCCCCGAGCCCCACACUCUCAGCCAGUGUCACCCCCUCAGCCAGUGUCACCUCCAUGGCCACUGCCACCACCCCUCCUCAUCCCACCACCUCAGCCAGUGUCACCCCUGUGCCCACCACUGUCCCCACCCCCACUGCCAUUACCGGCCACCCGAGCACUCUGAGCCCAACCCCCCCACCCUCUGGGGGUUCCACUGUCCCCAGUGCCACCCCCAGUGCCCACCCUGCCCUGACCACCAUGGUCCCCUGCUCCACCCCCCAGUCUCUCACCACAACCAAGGCCACCUCCCCUGCUGUCACCCUCGUCACCACCCUCCUGGCCACCAGCAGCCCCGGUGUCACCUCUACCAGCUCCAUUCCAGUCCCUGCAGUCACCUCCAGGGCCACCACCAGUGCUGGUGUUGGUACUGACCCAGCUGGUACCACUCACAGCACUGCCACCCCUGCCCCUAAUGUCACCUCUGCUCCCAGUGCCACCCACAGCACUGCCAUUCCUGUCCCCAAUGCCACCUCUGCUCCCACUGCCACCCACAACACUGCCACCCCUGCCCCUAAUGCCACCUCUGCUCCCAGUGCCACCCACAGCACUGCCACCCCUGCCCCUAAUGCCACCUCUGCUCCCAGUGCCACCCACAACACUGCCACCCCUGCCCCUAAUGCCACCUCUGCUCCCAGUGCCACCCACAGCACUGCCACCCCUGCCCCCAAUGCCACCUCUUCUCCCACUGCCAUCACAACUGUCCCCAACCCCACCUCCGCAGCCAGUGCCACCCCUGUCCCUCACUCCACCUCUGUCCCUGCUGCCACCGCAGCCACACACGGGACGCCCCCUCCCCACAAGCCCACCCCAAUCCCCAAUUCCACCAUCGCCACCCCGGCCACAUCCACAGCCCCGCCCUGCCCGCCCAGCUCCCCUCCAGGAUCCCCCAGCCCUUCUGGCACCGUCACCAGCCGGGAGCCCCCCACACCAACCCCCGGCAGCGUUCCGGAGUCCCCGCGGCCGACAUCCAACGGGUACAUCAACCUGGAGCCUAAGCCUGAGCCUGGAUCGGGAUCCAGGCUCUCCUCCUGCCUCAUGCACCUGCUGGCAGUCACCCUUGGGAAYCUCCUGCUGCUCUGGGGACUGCUGUGACCCUACAACUCAGCACCACCCACCCCGCACAUCCCUCCUUCCAUCCCAACCAGACGGUGCUGGGGAUUCCCUGCUGGAGAGCAGAAAACCGGGAAGGGCAGGGAAUCCAUCUCUUUGCUGCCAGUGCAGAAUUUGGUUGCUAUUUUUGUYAYUSUUGUUAUUUUUGAGGCCAGGGAAUCCGUCUCUUUCCUGCCAGUGCAGAAUUUGGUKGCUAUUUUUGUUAUUGUKGUUAUUUUUGARGCCAGACAGUGAAGGAGGGSSGAUUUUCCCAGCCCAAAGCAGCCCUACAGGUCAUUACUCGUACUUUACUCCCUGUAGUACAGCCACCAGCAAGGCUGGCUGCCCUGCCAAGGCAGGAACAGUGGGCCCAGCUCUGCAGGGAUUUCCUGUCUGUCCAUCCCACUGGGAUCUGUUAAACACAGGGACAACUCAGGGAUUUAAGUCACUGGUGGCCCAGCACCACAGCUGAGGUCCCCAUAGUCAUAUUUAACUUUUUCCAUGAACUGCUUUUGUAUCAAGGUUUGUUCAAACCACACAYAGGCUCUGAGAUAAUUUAUCUUGAUCACUGUUCAAUGCUAUUCAAUAAAACAUCAAUCAACURUUUUUUCCUAA